AAGGUGAUUCUCGUCUGCUUUGAGAGGCAGCUCGGCAGCCAGUGGUACUGGCUGAGCCUCCAGGUGAAGGAGAUGGCCCUGAGGAAGGUCGGCGGCCUGGCCCUGUGGGACUUCCUCGACUUCAUCGUACGGACCCGCAUCCCCAUCUUCGUGCUCUUGCGCCCUUUCAUCCAGUGCAAGCUUCUGGCCCAACCAGCAGAGAACCACGAAGAGCUUUCUGCCCGACAACAUAUCGCUGACCAGCUGGAACGGCGUUUCAUUCCACGCCCUCUGUGUAAAAGCUCCCUCAUUGCUGAGUUCAACAGUGAACUAAAAAUUCUAAAAGAGGCAGUUCACAGUGGAUCAGCCUAUCAAGGGAAGACAUCCAUCAGCACCGUGGGUACCUCCACCUCUGCUUACCGCCUGAGCCUGGCCACCAUGUCACGCUCCAACACAGGCACUGGCACAGUCUGGGAGCAGGACAGUGAGCCGUCCCAGCAGGCUUCACAGGACACCCUGAGUCGAACUGAUGAGGAAGAUGAGGAAAAUGAAUCUGUCAGCAUGCCCAGUGUGGUAAGUGAACAAGAAGCUUACCUCCUGAGUGCCAUUGGAAGGAGGCGGUUCUCCAGCCAUGUCUCCGGCAUGUCUGCACCUCAGGCUGAGGUGGGCAUGUUACCCAGCCAAAGGGUGGCAAGUGUGCAGAGUGAACCUGGCCAGCAGAACCUCCACACUCAGCAGCCGCUGGGGAGGAAGAGGGGCCUGAGGCAGCUAAGACGUCCUCUACUAUCACGUCAGAAGACUCAGACUGAACCCAGAAACCGACACGGGGCUCGGCUGUCAACCACCCGCAGGAGCAUUCAACCUAAAACGAAGCCAUCUGCGGAUCAGAAACGAUCUGUGACCUUCAUUGAAGCUCAGGCAGAGCCAGCAGGUGCCCCAACAGACAUGCUUCCUGCCACAGGCCAGCCACAGGGCUGCAGCCCAGCCCCAUCCAGGAAACCAGACGGAAUGGACAAACCAGUGCUCACGUCUUCCCCCGCCAUUGUUGUUGCUGACCUUCACAGCCUGUCUCCCAAGCAGGGUGAAAGCCUCCCAGCUGAAGAAGGAGAAAAGGAGGAGGACACAGAAAUACAAGGUGCUACAGCACAUAGCCCCCUCUCUACUCAACUCUCAGACCCUGAUGACUUCACAGGCCUUGAGACAUCCAUCCUCCUACAGCAUGGAGACACUGUCCUUCACAUCAGUGAGGAAAAUGGCAUGGAGAACCCCCUCCUGUCCAGUCAGUUCCCUUUUACUCCCACUGAGCUAGGGGAGACUGAGGUAGACCUAGAUGAGUCUCAUGUUUAAUUCUGUACCUUUUAAGAGUUGUAGGUGUAGACAAGAUGUGGAAGGGAUCACUUUGCUAAAAGUUGAAAACUUGUGCUUGGAAAAGAUGAAAACAUAGCACUUUACACUCAGUGGGUAGCACAAAUCCCAGUGGAUUUUGCUGUCGAUGUGUAUAUUGUUUCAUAAACAUCUUUUAAAAAUCAAUGGCUAAGAUGGUUUGGUUGUGUGAAGACCA